AGCAGAGCUGUCAUCUUCGCUAGCUCUUGUGUUAGCCAGCGUUUUGUCAUGUCAAGAGUGACCUGCCACUUCACAACGCAGGACAGCUAACGUAACGGGAGCUUUUCUUCACACAGCCAUAGCCGGGGAGGUGUAGAGGACAGAAACCUGUGCGGAGAGCUGAAGAGUGAGAUGAAAUGACAACGUCAACAUUACAGAAAGCGAUUGAUCUUGUGACCAAAGCCACAGAGGAAGACAAGGCAAAGAACUAUGAAGAGGCAUUGCGCCUUUACCAGCAUGCUGUGGAAUAUUUCCUACAUGCCAUCAAAUAUGAGGCCCACAGUGACAAGGCAAAGGAAAGCAUACGAGCAAAGUGUAUGCAGUACCUGGACAGAGCGGAGAAACUCAAGGACUACUUGAAGAAUAAAGACAAACAGGGCAAGAAGCCCGUGAAGGAGGCACAGAGCAAUGACAAGAGUGACAGUGACAGCGAGGGUGAGAAUCCAGAGAAGAAGAAACUGCAGGAGCAACUUAUGGGUGCUAUUGUAAUGGAGAAGCCCAAUGUCAGGUGGAACGAUGUGGCUGGACUGGAGGGAGCCAAGGAGGCUCUGAAGGAAGCCGUCAUCCUACCCAUCAAAUUUCCUCACCUCUUUACAGGCAAGCGGACUCCGUGGAGAGGCAUCCUGCUGUUUGGUCCUCCGGGGACGGGGAAGUCGUACCUGGCCAAGGCUGUGGCCACCGAGGCCAACAACUCCACCUUCUUCUCUGUCUCCUCCUCAGACCUCAUGUCCAAGUGGCUGGGAGAGAGUGAGAAGCUGGUGAAGAACCUGUUCGACCUGGCCCGCCAACACAAACCCUCCAUCAUCUUCAUCGACGAGGUGGACUCGCUGUGCGGCUCCAGGAACGAGAACGAGAGCGAGGCCGCCCGCCGCAUCAAGACAGAGUUCCUGGUACAGAUGCAGGGUGUGGGAAACAACAACGAUGGCAUCUUGGUGCUGGGAGCCACUAACAUCCCGUGGGUGCUGGACGCUGCCAUCCGCAGAAGGUUUGAGAAGCGUAUCUACAUCCCUCUGCCGGAAGAGCCGGCUCGGGCCCAGAUGUUCCGCCUGCACCUUGGCAACACGCCGCACAGCCUGAGCGAGCCUGACCUGCGGCAGCUCGCCCGCAAAACGGACGGCUACUCUGGCGCCGACAUCAGCAUCAUUGUCCGGGACGCGCUCAUGCAGCCAGUGAGGAAGGUCCAGUCGGCCACACACUUCAAAAAGAUUCGUGGCCCAUCCCGCAGCAACAACCAGGUGAUUGUGGACGACCUCUUGACCCCUUGUUCCCCUGGAGACCCCGCAGCCAUAGAGAUGACAUGGAUAGACGUGCCUAGUGAUAAACUACUUGAGCCCAUAGUGUGCAUGUCGGACAUGCUGCGCUCUCUGUCCACCACCCGGCCCACAGUCAACACUGAAGACCUGCUGAAGGUCAAGAAGUUCACAGAGGACUUUGGGAUGGAGGGCUGAGACACAGAGCCCCACCUCAUCUCACCCUCAUCUCACCCUGCUCCGAUUCUACCAGAAGGGUCAAAACUGCUCCCAAUUACACCCAUCUCUCCCCCUCUCCUCCCUCACUACCGCUGUACCAUCCUGUAGGCUUUCAUUUCUCAACUGGUCCACUGUCUUUCAUGGAUUUCUAAAUAAACGACUGGAGUGUCAGAACACCAACAAAUAGAGAGAGAGAGAGCGAAGGGGGGAGGGGUGUGAGAUAAUGGUUCUUUCUUUUAAUCAUCCAGUCUGCUAUUUUUGAAUCCUUAGAGGAUGUUGACCAAAACGCUACAAUAGAAAAAAAAACUUUGGUGUGAAUUGGUAGUUGGACAUUAGAGCCAAUGUCUUUCCCCCAUUUCAGACAACGUUCCGUUAAAAGAAAAAAAAAAAAGCAGCCACUAUAAUCACUACAAGAACUUCUCAUCUAACCCGCAUUGACACGAGGAAAGAAGCAUCUGAGUCUAAAUGCGAACAAGGUUUGUCCCUCUGAGCCCGAUCCUGUCUCUGACUGAAGUACCCUACAUUUUGUUGCCAUCGUGAACUUUUGCUUUUUGUUUGGAAUCACGAUGAAGGACGGUGACGUUUCGAAGAAGAAUCAAAAGAAGAAGUUGUUCAUUCUCCUGCCAGACAUGAGUGUGUGAAUGCAUCUAAGUGUUUUUAUUCAACUUGUGUGUCUUAAUGUAAAUGUCAUACACUGAGAGCCCUGUUACUUUAUUUGAUGGAGAGUUGCAUUCAUUGGUCAUGGCUGCUUCAGUGUCCCUCUGUAGCUGUGUAUGUGUGUGUAUAUGUGUGUGUGUGUGUGUGUGUGUGCGCGUGUGUGUGUGUGCGUGUGUGUGCAUCAGGCAUGUACCCCUGCUAGCAGCAGUCUGACUGAAGCGUCAUUGUUUAAUCACUAAGG